AUGAAGAGGGUCAAGAACAAGAACGAUCCAGAGAAAGGAGACGGUGAUGGCUUAUCAUCUUCUCUAACUCAUGAUCUGAUCGAAGAGAUCCUUGCGAGGCUGCCGAGUAAAACCCUAGUGAAGUUCACCGUCGUCUCGAAGCUCUGGUCUUCUACAAUCCGCAGCAAAUAUUUCAUCGAUACGUACCUGAAACAAUCUUUAUCUCGUCGGCGUUUUCUCUUCACGUUUCCCGGUGACAGAAUCCGGCUCUUCCACUCGAUAUCUCGGUCUCAGGAGGCUUCUCAAACUCGUAGAUCAAGCAUUCCUAUGAGUCCUGAUGAGCGGGUCUAUUUACGAACUUACGACAUUACUCCACCGGUACGCGGCUUGAUCUGCGUUCAAGAUUGGCGGAAGGUUGUGAUUUCGAACCCUAGCACGGGCCAGUUCUUGGUUUUACCAAAAGUCAGAACUAGGAGAAGAGGAAUACAUAGAUUCUUCGGAUACGAUCCGAUUAGAGAUGAGUACAAAGUCUUGUGCAUGACGGUAUUGCAGGAAUUGCAAUUUCGUGGACCGAUUGUGAGCGAAGAUCAUCAAGUUUUCACUUUGAAUGGAGAUCAGACGAAAAAGAAAGAAGCUACGUGGAGAAAGAUCAGAUGUGAGCUUCCGCAUUGUCCUGUAACCAAAGGGGUAUGCAGCAACGGUGUUGUUUACUACGGAGCUUGGCCCAACACUGAUAAAGAGGAAUCUUUAGUUGUGGCCUUUGAUGUCAGAUUGGAAAAGUUUACUCCUGUUAAGCUACCCGUUGGUGUCGAAAUUCAUACUACUGGUUUUGAUUUGGUGAGCUACCAGAGGAAGCAUGUGGCUUUAGUGAAUCAGUCGAAAAAGGGUGAAUUUGAGAUGUGGGUUUUGGAAGAUGUCGGCAAAGCAAGAUGGUCAAAGAUCUCUCUCGUGGUUCCUUCUUGGAAUGGUUUAGCUGGACGAAACAGACGAAACAGCUUCUGUUGCAGAGGUGUCGUUAGUUCCGGCGAGUUCAUAUUCUCACCUGUCGCUUAUUGCAACGGCCAGUUCCGUAUUAUCAGUUACAAUCGCGAGGAAGAUAUUGCCAGAAGUGUUGAGAUUGAAGGGCUUGGAGAAAACUUGAGUUCUGUGAGCGUCUUCUUGGAUUAUGGAGAGUGUCCUGUAAUUAUCUAA